AUGACAAACUACUGUAAUGGAUCUCAUGAUAAGUAUCUUAGCUAUAAAUGCCACGAAUAUUUAAGCAAACAGUUAGAUGAGCCUACAUUGAGUGAUCGAAAUAAGGUAUACCUUGAAAUUGCAUUGAAUUCCUUAGGAGAAGCCAAGUAUAAUGAAUUCUUUAAACAUAAUAUUAUUAAUGAACUAGCAGCACGUCUAGGAAAUGAUGGUGUUUUUUGGCACUCUUAUACAAACACAACUUGUAAUUAUAUUAACUUCAAAUUGAACGAAAGUUUGAGGACCCAUUAUAGUGAUGUACAUAAAGUAGAUUACAGUAUUUUUAGGGAGUUUGUAAAGAUAUUCUAUAACAAAAGACAUAAUAAUUAUGAUGUCGAAUAUUCAUGUGAAAAUUAUAUAAGACACCUAGAUGAUGACAUAUAUAAGAGAAUGUUAACCUUAUAUAAAAUUUUUUAUUUAUAUAAUGAAUUUAAAAUUUCCAAUAAUUACAAACAUACAACUUCCGAUGAUGAAUUAUGUAACAAACUUAGUUUUUUAAUUCAUUUAUCUAAUGACUCUAUAGAAUAGAUGUUAACGGAACUUCAAAAUUUUACGGUUCCAAUUCCUAGAGAAGCUGAAUCAGCAUUAGUUUCAAAUGUUGCACCAAAAACACAGCAACGUAAUGAAUCAGAACAUCCAAGGAAAGACAUAGAAAAUGAAAAAGCAUCAAACCAACUACCAUCACGCGAAGAUGCAGAAAGGGAACAAGCAUCACUAGAACUACAAUCCGAAGAUCAAGUAUCAGAAAUUCAUGUAAAGAGCUUCAAAACACUGAAGAAUCCAGCAAUAAUCCAACAUGUAUCAAAUGAACAAGAGGUAAAGAAUCUAUCAGAAAGAAGAAAUAUAUCACGAGAACAAAAGACACCAAGAGGUGGUACUGAAGGGCUGUUAGAUAAAAUGGAAAGUUUCAUUACUGAAACUUUAGGACAAGUAGAACCAGCUCCUAUUAUUGGUGUGUCUGAUGGAAGGGGUGCUUUAUUUUACUUCUUA